AGGCCAGCAACAGUGUCAUCUAACUCGAGAUUCCUGAACCCCUGGGUAGUCUUCUUCACUGUGUUCGCGGUGGUGGGGAUCCUGGCCAUGAUUGUAGGACUGCUCAUUCACUUUUUAGCUUUUGAUCAAAAAUCUUGCUUUUACCACAGUGAUGUUCAAAUAAUGAAUGUUGAAUACAAUGAUCAGUUAAGCUCACCCGGUACACAAGAAUACAGGAUUUUGAGUGAAAGGAUUGAAUCUAUGAUCACUAAUGCAUUCCAGCAGUCCAAUUUAAGAAAUCAGUUUAUCAGAGCCCAUGUUGUAAGACUGAGGCAAGAGGGUAACGGUGUGGUAGCAGAUGUUGUCAUGAAGUUUCGAUUCAGUAGACGUAACAAUGGAGAAUCCAUGAAAGCCAGAAUUCAGUCUAUUUUACAGCAAAUGCUGAAUAACUCUGGAAACCUGGAAAUAAGCCCUUCAGCCGGGGUAACAGAAAUUAACGACCAGGAAACAGAAAAUAUGUUUACUCAAGCAUGCGGGGCCCGUCCAGACCUGAUGACGCUGUCUGCAGAGAGAGUCGUUGGAGGUACUCAAGCUGACCAGGGCGACUGGCCGUGGCAAGUCAGUCUGCAGGUCAACGGUGGCCAUCGCUGCGGAGGCGUCCUGGUCAGCAACCAGUGGGUCCUGACUGCAGCCCACUGCUUCAGAAGCUACCCUAAUGCUCAACAAUGGACUGCCACCUUUGGUAUUUCCACAACCUCUCCUACUCUGAGAGUGAGAGUGAGGACUAUUUCAAUCCACAACAAUUACAAUCCUGUGACUCAUGAGAAUGAUAUUGCAGCUGUGCAGCUGGAAAGGGCUGUCACCUUCACCAGGGAUGUUCACCGAGUAUGUCUCCCCGCAGCCACCCAGACUGUCACACCUGGUUCUACAGCUUAUGUAACAGGAUGGGGCUCGAUAAUCUAUGGUGGCAACACGGUCAGAUAUCUACGGCAAGGACAAGUCCAGAUAAUAAGUACUAGUGAGUGUAACGCACCAGCCAGUUACAACGGUGCUGUCCUGCCUGGGAUGCUGUGUGCUGGCGUGCCGACAGGUGCAGUGGACGCGUGCCAGGGAGAUUCUGGUGGCCCACUAGUCCAAGAAGACUCACGGCGGCUUUGGUUCCUGGUGGGAAUAGUGAGCUGGGGCUAUCAGUGUGGUGUGCCCGACAAGCCCGGAGUAUAUACUCGAGUGACCACAUACCGUAACUGGAUUAGACAAGUAACUGGGGUCUAGCGCAACCCAUGCAUUUCUGUUGCAAAGUGAUCAAGUGCAAUAAAUGCAUCUCUGUUGCAAAGUCUGAAUGCAGGUGUGCCUGGCUACAAUUCCAAAGCUUUACUUUUCAGCAGAAAAAUAAAGCUGCGCUUGUUUCAUUUUUACAUAC